AUGCUCAGGGCAGCUUUGGAUGCUCCUCAGCAGUUGCUGAAGGCGGGGAGAGAGUCCCGGAAGCUAGUGCUGGCGGUGGUGUUUGUUGCUCUGCUCCUGGACAACAUGCUGCUUACUGUGGUGGUGCCCAUCGUGCCCACCUUCCUAUAUGCCACUGAGUUCAAAGAAGUCAACACUUCUCUGCACCUAGACUCCACCACCACUUCCUCACGUGCCCUCGUUUCUUCUGCCUUUGCCACCAUCUUCUCCUUCUUUGAAAACAACACCAUGGCUAUUGAAGAAAGUGCACCCAGUGGCACAGCAUGGACAAAUGGCACUUUUGGCACUAUCCCUCCUCCUGGCACUGGAGCCAUCCCAGCACAUAAAAACAACUGCCUGCAAGGCACAGAGUUCUUGGAGGAAGAGAACAUAUGGGUCGGAGUUCUGUUUGCUUCGAAGGCUCUGAUGCAACUUCUGGUCAACCCAUUCGUGGGACCUCUCACCAACAGGAUUGGAUAUCACAUUCCCAUGUUUGCUGGCUUUGUUAUCAUGUUUCUCUCCACAGUUAUGUUUGCCUUUUCUGGUACCUACACCCUGCUCUUUGUGGCCCGGACCCUUCAAGGCGUUGGAUCUUCAUUUUCAUCUGUGGCAGGUCUUGGGAUGCUGGCAAGUGUCUACACUGAUGACUAUGAGAGAGGGCGUGCCAUGGGAAUUGCCUUGGGGGGCCUGGCUUUGGGAGUGCUGGUGGGAGCUCCCUUCGGAAGUGUGAUGUAUGUGUUUGUUGGGAAGUCUGCACCCUUCCUCAUUCUGGCCUUCCUGGCACUGUUGGAUGGAGCGCUCCAGCUUUGCAUCCUGCAGCCUUCCAAAGUCUCUCCUGAGAAUGCCAAGGGGACUCCGCUCCUCACGCUUCUCAAAGACCCUUAUAUCCUGGUGGCUGCAGGCUCCCUCUGCUUUGCCAACAUGGGAGUGGCCAUGCUGGAGCCCACACUGCCCAUCUGGAUGAUGCAGACCAUGUGCUCCCCUGAGUGGCAGCUAGGUCUGGCCUUCCUGCCUGCCAGUGUGUCCUACCUCAUUGGCACCAACCUCUUUGGUGUGUUGGCCAACAAGAUGGGUCGGUGGCUGUGCUCCCUGAUUGGCAUGGUCGUGGUAGGUGCCAGCUUGCUUUGUGUUCCACUGGCUCAUAGUAUUUUUGGCCUCAUUGGCCCCAAUGCAGGGCUUGGCUUUGCCAUAGGCAUGGUGGAUUCCUCUAUGAUGCCCAUCAUGGGACACCUGGUGGAUCUGCGCCACACCUCGGUGUAUGGGAGUGUCUAUGCCAUUGCUGACGUGGCUUUUUGCAUGGGCUUUGCUAUAGGCCCAUCCACUGGGGGUGCCAUUGUGCGUGCCAUCGGCUUCCCCUGGCUCAUGGUCAUCAUUGGGGUCAUCAAUAUCGUCUAUGCUCCUCUCUGCUAUUACCUGAGGAGCCCCCCAGCCAAGGAGGAGAAGCUUGCAAUUCUGAGCCAGCACUGCCCCAUGGAGACCCGGAUGCAUGCCACCCAGAAGCUCACAAGGGAAUUUCCUCUGGGGGAGGACAGUGACGAGGAGCCUGGCAGUGAGGAGUAGCAGCAGGUGAUCCCUGAGCCUUGUCAUGGAUCCAGGAGGCUCAGGCUUUGGUGACCACCUCUCCCUGGAACCAGGUCACCAUGGGCUGCUCACUAAGCUUCACUUCCCUCUCCCCUGGGAUCUCCUUCCCUCCCCUCCUGGGUGCCAUUCUCCGGUUUUAUCCUCACCUGUGUAACCCAUAGCUCUCUCUCUAUGC